GCCCCCUCCAGCCGCUGCCCAUGGGGCCUGGGGACAUGGCAGGGACAGCCGGGGCAGAGCGGAGCACACAGCGCAGCCGAGGCUGCCGGGAGAGGCCAGCGCUCGCCUGACCUACUUCUCCUUCCGCAUCACCUGCUUUCAUUUUCCCUCGCCAUGGCUCGGUCCCCCCGCCCGCCCACAGCCCCGCCAAGUCACGCCACCAGCUCCGGGGGCACGGAGAACCUGGGCCCCGCAGCUCCUGCCGCACCAGCGUGCAUGUGAACUGGCCACCCAUCCCCGGACACAGAGCGUGGCCGGGGUCUGGGUGCGUUGAAAGUCACCGGCCACAGCACUGGCACCGGCCGCCUCCCCCGCUGCCUGCACGGCCACCCAAGCGUCACCUCCCUGGCACGAAGCGAGUUUGACGGGUCUCAGCCCAGCCCCUCGUCGGGUCCUCUGGCCGCCCCGGGGCUUGCUGGGGUGUGGACAUGCAGCUCCCGGGGCAUGUCGGGGACGCCAGCGCUGCCGCGGGGAGCCGGGCAGGCGCCAACCCCCCAGACAGGGUGGCCUCCCCCACCAGCACCCCGCCGGCUCCCGCGGUGGGGUUACCAUGGAAAGGCGGCGGCAGCGCAGGGGGAGCGUGGGCUCCCGGGGGCUCCCGCCAGCAGCCCGUGUGCUGCCAGGAGGGAUUUCUCCGUGGUUUCAUCAUCCGCCGCCCGCCCUGAAGGAGAAGUUCCUGCUCCGUGCGCGGGGCAGCGGUCACCCCUCGAGGGCUGAGGUGCAGGGGCUGCGCUGGCCCUGCACCCCCCGCUGCACCCACUGCCCGCCCCCGCCACACUCAGGCCCAUCGCACUCGUGCCACGUGUGCACCGAGGGUGCACGGCACCAGCUGGCAGAGCUGCGCUGCCACGGCCUCGGGCUCAGCACCGCAGCGCUGCCAGCAAGGGGGGGCUGGCCAGCCUUUGCCCAGGCGAGUGGUCUCAGAGGGUCCCCACGACCCAACACUGACGCCUCCCCGCUGCCUCUCACCUCCUCAUGCCUGGGGGCUUCCCCACUCUGCACCCCCGUCCCCAGCAAGGGCACCCCAGCCCCAGCCAGCCCCUGGCCCAGCCCCGCUGCUCUGCACCAUCCCCUGCCCCACAGCUUCCCCUUCUCCACGCACCCACUUCAAGUUCCUGAGCCCAGCCCCUCCCUCCACACCCGGCACCAGCAUCACCACCGCAGCCUCGAGACGCCAGCAGCUGCCGCGUGCCUCUGCCAGCGCCAGAGGACCCCAGCCUGCUCCCCACAAGCCUGCUCCUGAGCAAGGGAAACCGAGGCACGCUGAGACUCACCGCACGCCAAAGCCAGCACCACCUCCCCCCGCCUGGUGAAAGCAGCCCCAGGUCAAGGGCAGUCGCGGCCCAAGACGGCGGCUCUGCUCUGAUGCGGGCCGUGGCGGGAGGGGACCCUCGCCAGCAGCGAGAAGCGAGGCACCCACUGCCGCUGCCAGUGUGCCAGGCCCAGCAAGUCACUGGCAU